AUGGGCGGGGCAAGUAGAGUGCGCGCGCCGAUGCGCCCGCGCCCAAAUGCCCGUUCGUUGACGGGUCAAGGGAACCUGGAGGCGGCGGGGCGGCAAACGGAAGAAGACAGAGGCAGGCGGAUUUGUUGCACCGGGCAAGGAAGAGAAAGUGCAGGGCUUCGGAUCAGGGCCUGGGGGAACGGCGAGGGCUGUACCGGCCUCCAAAGGCCGCCCGGAAGAGUGACCCGGGCGCUGAGGGCCGGCUCCGGAAUCGGAGGGGUGGCGCCGGAUCCGUCAUUAGACGGUGCGGAAUCCAGGUCCAGAUGAUUGACGGCGCGGCCGCUGACGACCAGAGCUUACCUGCGGCGCUAUCGCCAAUGAAGCUCCUCGACACAGGCGGCCAGGCUCCCGGAAGGAUCGUUGCGGCCAGUAUAACGGCCAAACAUGACAGGACACGUGUUGAGGCUCGUAAAUUCCUAGCUAGGGUAGACUUUGCGCAUCAGGGGUGCAUCCAUUAGCCGCUCGGAAAUUCUUGGUCCAGGUAGGCGGGCAAGCCGCCCCCAAUCCAUAAUUGGUCUAUGCUCGCAAACAUAGCAUUUUGCACGGAGUACAUGAGUCUUCCGCAGACCGCAUGGCAGUUGGCCGCGUAAACUUGAAAGGCGCUUCAAGUUGCAAGGCGUUUUCUUUGAGUACCGCCAUAUGCACCGGCGCUGCAGCCACGUACCACAUGCAAACCGGACCAUAUUUAGUGAUCAUUGGGUGAGUCCUGUCACUUGGGACCACGUCUGCUAAUAUCUUAGCCUGGACAUUAUACGUAUUUCAGCGUCUUGUCUGUUGCCAGUUAAUUGCC